AUGAAUACGAUAUCAUUCCUGUCAUCCACGGGAUGUGGGGUGUGGGAACGAAAGGACAACACAAUGACAGAAGAAGCCCAAUCAAUACGCUCGCUCAGUGACGAGGAACUAGAGGAACUCAUUAUCCUACGAUUUCGUGCCCAGGAGCACGAGGAGAGGCGUAUUCAAAUACUCAGAGACUCACGGGUGACUUAG